AUGUUCAACAAAUUACGUAACAAGUUGGGCUCAUCAUCCUUUAGUAAACAAGAUCAUGAAAGAAAGGACAAGAUUAUGAAUCAUGAUGAACGGCAAAAGCCUGAAAUAAUUCCGAAAAUGGAAAUAAAUGAUGAUGAUUGGGCAUCCAUUCCAGUUCCAACGGAAGAUGAUCAUCAAAUCCAUCAAGAUGAACAUAAUAAUUACGAAGUUCUAUUCCGAGAGGUGGAAGAUCAACCGACCGUUUCCAACUUUUCUCGGAGGAAACGAAUAUUUAUUGAUGAAAAUGAUGAUCUGAAUACAAUGACCGCAACCAUUCCUUUCAAAGAGAAUCAUAGUAUCGUGAAUCAAGUACAACAUUUGGAGAAUGAUGAUGAAAUUACCAUGACCUAUUUACCUCAACAACAAAAGAAUUUGCAAGAUGAAUUCCAUAAGAAGAAAUUGGGGCAACUUGUAAAGGAUAAAUAUAAUGAUGAUUUCAAUGAUGGUUGGAAUACAAGUAGUGAUGAAGAAAAUAAUGAUCCAUGGAUGGAUGAUGAUUUUGCCAUUGCACAACCAACAAGUACAACAACAACACAAAUGAUCCAUCAUCAUCAUGUGGAGCAACGUCAUACAAGUGUUUUAGAUCCAUCCAUUCGAUUGUGGAAUGCAAAUGCAAAGCCCAUGUGGACAAGUGAUGUUUUCUUUAGUGUGUAUGCAUUUCUGGAUGACAUUUUCGAUAUGAUCCAUCUAUCAAGAGUAUGUCGAGAAUCAUAUAAAGCAUUUAGAGAUCCAUAUCUGUGGCGAAAUGAAAUUGAAAAUAGAAAAAUCAGAAAGUUGGGAUUUAAAAAAGAGGAAUCAGAGAAUGGUGACAUUGAAUGUCUUGAUGUCAUUUAUGCAUAUUGUAAAGAAUUAAUGGAAUACAAGAUGACCAAAUUGAGACGAGAAGGAGAGAAUGAAAAGGGAACGUAUAUUCAAGAGCAGAAUAAGUUAAAGGAGGAGAAGAAACAAGCUUUACAGCAAAGACACACUGCUGGCCUAGCUGUGACAGGUAUUAUUUCACUCAUUCUCAUAUGUUUCAGCAUUUCGAGAAUGUUCUUCUUCCUCAUUGCCUACUUCCUAUUCAGUGCUGCUGUUGUGGGAGUGUUGUUAGCAGUGAAUACGAGUUUUCAGAUGAGAUUCAAGAAACAGCAGCUCAUGAUGUUGAAUAUUGUGAUCGCUGUGAUCAGUUUUGUAUUAUUUCAAGUUGAAGAGCUGAAUUUUCUGUUCAUGAUUCUUGGAGCGGUGGCAUUCUCUUACUGGAUCACAUUUAAAUUUAUUGUGACGUCAGAGCAUAGCAUUCAGCACGAAUUUUUAGUGAAACAGAGAAGAUUAUUUCAAAGCAUGUCCAAUAUUGACGACAAGUAUUGCAAGAAAAUUCGAGAAUUGCAAGAAAUUGCUAAAAGAAUUCCAACUGCAUCCCAAGAUUCCAAGAAGAAAAAACCUCUGACUUGCUCAACAACAACAAACUCGGAGAAGAGACUUUCCAAAUGUACUGUACAAUAA